ACUGGCUUAUUUCCAGCCGUGGAUUUGGCAUCACGAAGCAACAAUCGCGGCAAAUCAGCAAUGAAGCGCACAAGCACCCCAAGAUGAGACAAACACCAGCCUCCAAUGCGACCAAGAACAUGCUAGAUGAGCAUUAUACAGAACAAGAAGUGAUGUCUGAGUUUCUCGGUCAGGAAAGAUCCGAAAUGGGUGAAGACGAGGAGGUCUCACUGGCUCCUGUCGACGAUUUACCACCAGCGACAUCAAGGCCGUUCUGGUGUUCCCUCUUGAAGACAAAGCGGUAGACAAAGAGAAGAUUGGAAUGCCUUCUGAUAUCAUUUUUCCUGUGGACAUCGAAACCCUCCCGCGCCCAAGGACUCCAGAAACCCAUGGUCGUUUCGGUCGAGUCGUCGUCGAGACAGCCAUCCCGGAAUACCCGCGUGGUGUCGGUCGCUGAUGGUGGUGGUAUUGGCUAUUUUGUAGUGACUAGCCAGGACUAUCCCGUCGCCCAGGCAGUCAGUUUGCUCAUUGACAUGUCCAAAACAAUACACGAAUGCAGUUGCGACCAUGGUGAUGAUCGGACCAAGUUGGCAGUUCCCGAUUUAUCAAUGUGCCGCAAGAAGGUGUUGGCUCUUUGUUCGCACCAUUCCAAUGCUUUUGGUGAAUUUGAGUUCACGAGCAAUGAAGGGGGUCUGAGUGCGUUUUUAGCUGCAAUUGCCAAAGAUUUUCUAGCAAAUGAAAAGUCGCCUGAACAGGUCCAAAACGAAGCGUCGUUGUCCUCGCUGGGGUUGCUGGAUCUGCCUACCGCACCAGUCCUUCUACACAAAAAGUCUUCACGGCCACAUCCAAAAGUAAUUCAAAGUGUGCUGAAACGAGAAAAGUCAAGCGAAAGAAGCAGUGCUACCCUUCCCUCUGACGAUCCCAACAGUCAACAAUCUCCCAGCCAACAGAAGCUAUGCCAGCAUUGAGUCUUCAUUGGGGUCUAUACGCGCCAUCAUGAGAGAAAAAGCACAAGAAGGACUAGGGCGUAGUGAGCGACUCGAGAAACUUGCCAGAGCCACCCAAUCAAAGACCCCCUCGUCGAGCCGCUUCCAUGGACUAUGCAACUUCAUUGGAUUGUGUAGAAAAACGUCCCGGCAAAUUGAAAAUCCAAUGGCGCGCGCGAUCGCAAGAAUUCUUGGAGGCGCAGCCGACACGAUUCGUCGCGAGAGCGCGCGCCAGCGGAUUUUAGGCUGAGAUCGAAGAUCAAGGGCUGAGAUCGUGGAUCCAGUCGAGGCUGGAGGAUUUUUGCACGAGGGCGAAGCCCAAGGGCAAAAAUCCGACAGCCGAGACGACAGAUCAAGAUCAAAGACCACAGAUCAAGAUCAAGGCCGUCAAUGAGGCGGGAGGUCUUUGUCUGU